AUGGCUCAAUACCACUCUCUUCUUCUGAUAUGCCUACUGGCUCUGGUACUCCUUCCUGCGCCGGCAGCAGCGUUUGGCGCUGGAAAUAUCGCAUCGAUCUCAAAUAUCGAGGGACAUAACUGGAGACAUGGAGACAUUGAGGAUGUUCUUAAGACGGUGGCGUUUCUGCGAGGCCACAAAUGGACCAGCAUGAUGGUGAAGAGAGCCUACUUCGGCAACUGGCUUCGAGACUACAGCCAGGCAGUGGACGUGGGCACUUUGAAGGGCGUUCAAGCGGACACGAUCAGAGUCCUUGUGUGGGUGCUUGCAUUCAUGAGUUUCGGCUAUGCCACCGCUGAGUUUGAGGUCACGGCGGAGCGUUUGGGGGUCUACAGGCCUGAGGAGCACAUUGAUAAUCCAAAGGAUUACGCAGACAAUGCAGAUGCCACGCAGUUCGACCGAAGACUCAGAGGCCCGGUCUCACCUGCUGAACUGGCUGUCGACCACAACACCGGCAUGAAGAACUACAUCGCCAACGAAAGCGGCGGUUGGGCUACAAGUCUAGGCUACAUCAAAUGGAGCUUUGCACGAAGCAUACACUUCGGUCGCCUGUACACCCAUGGAGCGCAGAGCGGCAGAGAGGAAGACUUGUGCGAAGCUCUGCGGUGUUUGGGUCAAGGACUGCACUGUGUUGAGGACUUUGGAGCUCACACUAAUUACACGGAGCUGGCACUGCGAGAGCUCGGUUACCACAACGUCUUCCCACACGUCGGCAGUCAGGCUAUGAUGAACUUACAUGGUAAGCAGGUCUUCCCCCUUGUUACUGGAACAUUUGGCGGCGUCGACUUUCUACAUUCUGUGCUCGGCGAGGCAACGGACCAUAUCACUCAGACCGAAGUCAAUCAGGCAGAGGUGGAUCAGCUCGAUGCAGCCCUCUCACAAGCCCAGGCAUCACAGCACUCUGGAAAGCGCAGCGCAGACCCCGCCUCCAACGCCUCUGGCUUCACAGACCUCCUAGCCCAAGUCCCAGGCACCGGCGGACUGAUCCAAGAAGCCGUCCAACUCCAAGCCGCCUCCGACGCCCAACAAGCCGAGAACGACCGCGCAGCCGCUGGAGCAAGCUACGACAGCUCCUACGCGCCAUACGGUAAUCAAUACGACAUGACCCGCGCCAGCAACCCUGGCCAACAGUCCUUCCAAGCACCCCCAGGGUCCGUCGGCGGGCCGCCCAAACCCGGCAUCCCAGGCGUAAACAUGAACGUCGACCCUCAAGCCGCCAUGGCCAAGAUCUACCCUCUCCUUCUCUUCCGCGACAAAGUUGUCCGCACCAUCUCCGGCAUCGUGUCCAAAAUCCCAGGUCUGGAAAAAGCCAUCGAGACGAUCUCCGAAAAAGUCACGCUAUUCAUCAUGGGCUUGCUGGCGCCAUUCAUCAAACCCAUCAUCGCCGCCGCCUCAAACGCGCUGAAGCAGGGGAGUGGCACCGUCGUCGAUGCGAGCGCGAAGCAGCAGUACCUCGUCUGGACGGACCCCACCUCCACCGACCCCACCCACUCCAUGCUCUCCAAAGACCACUUCUCCAACAUCCUCAACGCCCCUGCCGGCCAAGUCGCCGCCGCAACCCUCAAAUACGUCGCCCCCCGCGUCAUCUAUGGCUGGGACCACCCGGAAGUCCCCGUCGAAGAGAUCCUCGCAGACGUUGGACGGGUGUUCCACCACCCCGCGCUGCGCGACCAGCAUUUGGACCUGCAUCGGGAGAUGUUCUCCGUCGUCGAAAGAUGGGCCCGUGCGCGACCGCACGGCGCGGCGGACUUGAAUCAGGUGUUGAGUUCGGAGAGCGUGAAGGCGGGUCGGAACCAUACGGUGAAGGAUAUGCAGAGUAGUAUGACCGGACUCGAGUCGAAGCUGCAGGGCAUGGGUGGGGGUGGGAGUCAUAGUGGGAUGAUGGGAAACUUCCUCGGCGGUGGAGGGGGUGGGAGGAGGAGGGAUAUUGAUGAUUUUGAACCUGCCACCGUCGCAGGUGGGGGGUAUGGGGGUGUGCAGCAGGAUGCUUACGGGCAGGCUGCGUAUGGGAAAGCUGCGCCGCCGCAGCAAUCGGCGGGAUAUGUGCAGGAGGAAGGGGGAGCGUAUCCGACGGCUUAUCAGCAGGGGUAUGAGGCGCCUUUCAACCCCGGACAGCAGCAGCCUUACGGUGGUGGGGAGUAUGGACAGCAGCAGCAGUAUGGCCAGGGUUACGGAGGGUAUGGAUCUGGUGCUCCGGGUGGUGGAUAUGGGACUUAUUAG